UUGAACACACAGACUGGUGCAUUAUAACACCCUAUUCUUUACAUUGGGAAGAGAACCUGAUGCAUUGUUUGAGCAUGUAAUGAUUACUGCUUUAUUGUUGACACAUUUGAGCUUUAAUUAUAGAUACCUAUGGGUUCAUUCUCAAACAGCACUAUGCAUCAAAAGGUUGUUCUGGAAGGGUGAAGAUAGCUAUAAAUUUUGGCUUUAAAGCUUAGGUAACUGAUGCAGUUUAACCUAUGUUUUUGGAGUGUAAAGCAUAAACUAUGUAGAAGCAGGCUUCCUCUGCAGGUUGCUAAUGAGUUUGAGAGCACAAAGGGUUCAGUUCCAGUAAUGCCCCAUUCUCUUAAUGCUUAAGAUAUGUAUCCUCACAGCGUUUGGCCUCAGGCAAUAAUGGCAAAACUGGGCUUCAAUCAAGCGGAAAGAAACGAUUGGAACCUUUAGAAGCUCUCAGAAUGUAUGAGGGAGAGAGGACCUCAGAUUUUGCCUUUGUGUGCUGUACUUUAGACUUGCAUUCUCAUGGAAAACACAUUUUUGAACAGAUUCUUCCUUUUGAUUCUGAUCUUGAGAUGCACUGAAAUGGUCUCUGCAGUUCCAGAUGAUGAAUGUCCAGAUGCCCUUCCGGCUCAUGAAAACUGUGAAUAUGAUGAAGUUUGUGAAGAUGCUUCCUGCAAGUACAAUGAAUAUGUAACCUGUCACCUGAAUCGCUGUGGGACCUGUGAAGCUGUUUAUAGUGGAUAUGACAACAUGACUGUCAACUGCAACCAAUUGACACCAAAAUGUCGCCUAAUGCACCUUGAGAUGCUUCAUAAGAGCAGAAGUGAAAGAAGCCACCCUGGAAGGGAUAGGCUUGAGGUUGACAAUGUAUAUGACCCUGAGUGUGAAGAGAGCGGAGCAUUUAAGGCCAAGCAAUGUGAUGAAGACUCAAACCAAUGCUGGUGUGUGGACAGUGCUGGAGUCAGAGUAACUGACAAGACAAGUGAUGACCCUAAGUGUGAGAAGCUUGUCAGUGUUCACCUGAUUCAGAUAGAUUUCAUCUUCAAAGCUGACUUUGCACUUCUAAAGGGAAGAGAAGAGGAGCUGCACAGGAUCCUGUUCGGUAAGGUGUCCCACUACAUCAUGAAAAUACCGCAGAUUUUGCAAAUAAAUAUUCAUGAAAUGACGUAUGAAAUUACCAUGAAGUUAUUUUGUCCAAAUGGAACAAAGGAACCGGUUGACAUCGCUACAGUAGCAUAUUAUAUUGAGCGGGAUCUAAAACAAAAUAAAUUCACUUUGCCACUGGAUGGGCGCAACAUAGAAGUGGACAGAGAUUCAAUUCGGGUUCUCUUCUUUGACAAUGAACCUCCCCGUAUUAAUAUGAAGACCAUAUCUCCAGGAUUUGCAGCAAUUAUCAUAAUCAUUGCCUUGGCAAUUCUUACAGGAAUAGCAGUGUUUGUUGUUGUCCAGAGAAGGGCAGAACAAGAACGUGUUCAAUUUGAAGUUAUUGAGGGACAGGAGCUGGAAGACUAUAAUCUGGCCCAGCGUGAAAGUCUGCGUUACUAUUAUUAUUAGAAAAUAAAAGGAUAUUUUACAGGUU